AUGGCUGAUCAAAUAUGUAAGGAAUGUAAUGACACAAUCAUUGAUAGAGAGUUUUUGAUUUGUUCCGACUGCGAUGAAUACUAUCAUUUGAAGUGUACAAAUAUUUCACCGAAAUUAUAUUAUUUAAAAAGUCCAAUUAAAAGAAGACGAUUCCAGUGUAAGUCAUGUGUAAAAAAAUUACAAGAUAAUGACUGCGUGCUAAAUCAGUCCUCACCUCUAACUGAGAGCUUAGAAACGGCUACCAGAAAUGUUACUACACGUAAGAAAAUAAUUACAAAUAAAGUAGCCUCUAAUUCAUUUGGCUCCUUAUCUGUUGAUGAGAACUUUGAAUACUCUUCCUUAACAUCAACUCCAACACACGUGGACAUAGGUGGAAGUAAUCUGACUGAUAAAAAUACCAAGGAUUGUAUAAGCAAAUUAAAUGAAAAAUUAUGUGAACUACAAAGAAAACUUGAUAAUGCAGACAAGGAGAUUGAAGACCUGAUAUCAGAAAACUAUAUAUUAAAAAAAGAAAUAGCCGAAUUUAAGUCGAAACCUGAGAGAUGUGUGUGUAUAUUAUCAUCUAAGAUCAAGAACGUAUCAAAUACAAAUAGAUCACAAAGCAUUAACGAAGUAGAAUCAAACCUAUUUAACAGUGCUGAAAAUAAGGAAACCCCUAAUAAUAUUGAAAGUAAAAACCAUAAUUCAACAAUAAAUCAAAAAGAACAACACAAGAACUGCAAACCAAUAAAUUACAGAAGUAACAUUGAACGUAUAUCAAAUUCAUUGUUUAUGAAUCCAACAACGCCCGAUAUAUAG